AUGCUCGAUGUUUUGUAUCAUAAGACAGAAAGACCUCAGGAUAUACUUGAAAACACAUUACCUGACGAAGUCAUUACCCAAGAUGAAACGUAUUAUGCAGAAAAGUGGGGCUACAUCAGCGAGAAGCACGAGGUGGUCACUGAAGAUGGCUAUAUCAUUAUCAUGUAUAGAUUAUACAGAAAGGGUUGUAAACCGAGUGGUAUGCCAGUGCUGAUAGGGCAUGGCCUCUUCCAGUGCUCAGGUGCCUUUGUGCUUAACGAAGAAAAAUCAAUUGCGUUUACAUUAGCUGAUGAAGGCUAUGAUGUUUGGGUUGGUAAUAAUAGAGCCAUUGCUGGAUAUGACCACAUUUCACUAUCAUACAAAGAUCCCGAAUAUUGGGAUUGGGGACUAAAGGAGCUUGGCAUUUACGAUUUCAAAGCCAUGUUGGACCAUGUUAGAGAAUACUCUGGUUAUUCAAGAGUAGCCUAUAUCGGGCACUCUCAGGGAAAUGCACAGGCCUUCAUUGGAUUAUCCUUAUGUCCAGAGAUUGCUAAUAAACUAAGCUGCUUCGUUGCUUUGGCACCUGCUAUCUUUUCUGGAACCUUGGUCAACACUUAUCCUCUUCGCCUUUUGAUCAAUUUAAAUGAUUGGCUAUAUUCCAUAUUAUUUGGCACAGCUGCAUUUUUACCAGUGAUGACGGUGGUUCAGACAAUUAUGCAUCCAAGAUUAUUCUGCUUCUUGGCUUACUGCAUGUUUUCUUAUCUAUUUUCUUGGUGGGACUCUCACUGGGUACGUAGACGGAAAGUUAAAUAUUUCCAAUUUACACCAAGGCCGGUCAGUGCACGAUUGAUUGCAGACUGGAUCGCAGGCUGGGGAAAGACAGGCAAGUGUCUGUAUGUGGGCGAGAACACACAUGACAAUAUGCAGAUGGAUAGAGUACCAUUAGUUGUCUUUUAUGGUACAGCAGACUACUUGGUCGAUGGCGAACAGUUUGUAAGAUCGUUUGAUGAUUGUGAACACCGAUUGGCGGAUACCAAAGGAGCCUCCUCUAAAAAUAAUACCACCAUGUUUCCAAUGUUAGAUCUUGUCCAUGUUGAACGUAUUGAUGGAUAUGAACACAUGGAUACGAUCUGGGGACAUAAUAACCAUGAAACUACUUAUCCAAUUCUCUUGAAACAAUUAAAACAAGCUAAAUGGGAAUAA